AUGCGCUUCACUCCCCUCCUCGCGGCUCUCGCCGCGACUUCGGCCAUCAGCUCCUCCGUUGAGCCCCGCGACCCUAGCAAGCUCUUCACCCUCGAGAUUGCGCCUGGCGAGACCGUCAUCGUCACGGAGGAGGAGAAGUGGGAGAUGAUGGACAAACGCGUUCACUUCUUCGACAUCACGGAGUGGUCAGACGUCCCUACUGUCGCCUCUUCCGCCGACUUCAAGCUUCUCGCGGCGCUCCCCUUCCCGACGGAGAUGAACCAGACGUGCCACGUAAACGCCCUGAUCCCUAAGCUUAACAAGGACAACAUGCGUACGCACCUCGAGCGCUUCUCUUCUUUCCACAACCGAUACUACCUUUCCCGAACGGGCGUUGAGUCCGCAGAGUGGCUUUAUGGGCAGAUCAGUGCUGUUGUUGAUGCCUCGGGCCACCCCACAGCCAACGUACGCUACGUUCGCCACGUCGCGUGGUCGCAGCCUAGUAUCAUUGUGACCAUUCCUGGUCGGAACCAAAGAACUGUCGUGGUUGGUGCGCAUCUCGACUCUGUGAUUUCGGGCGACCGUGGCGCCGGUCGUGCGCCUGGUGCUGACGACAACGGCUCCGGAUCUGUCAUGAUUCUCGAGGUACUCCGCGUUUUCCUCUCCGACAAGCGCAUUGCCUCGGGCGACCUCCUCAACACCGUCGAGUUCCACUGGUACGGCGCCGAGGAGGCUGGCCUGCUCGGCAGCCAGGACAUUUUCACGCAGUACCGCACGCUGAACCGCCAGGUUGUUUCCAUGCUGAACCAGGACAUGGUUGGAUACAUCGGCCGCGACGGUGUCGAGCGCUUCGGCGUCGUCACGGACUGGACCGACUCCGACCAGGUCGCGUACAUGAAGCGUGUCAUUGAUGCUUAUACCGAUAUUCCUUACGAGGAGACUGUGUGCGGAUAUGCCUGCUCUGACCACGCCUCUGCGAACCGUAACGGCUUCCCUUCUUCCUUCAUCUUUGAGACGCCGUUUGGAAACCACAACCCGUAUAUUCACACGCCCAACGAUACCCUGGAGCACGUCUCGUUUGACCAUGCCUUACAGCACGCCAAAAUGACGACCGGCUACGUUUACGAGCUGGCUUACUGGCCAUUUGCGUAA